AUGUAUGUGAAGCAGAUUAUCAUCCAGGGCUUUAAGAGCUACAAGGACCAGACAGUCAUUGAGCCUUUCUCUCCAAAACACAAUGUCAUCGUCGGGCGCAAUGGUUCGGGUAAGAGUAACUUUUUCGCCGCCAUUCGUUUCGUUCUCAGCGAUGCCUACACCCACUUGGGUCGAGAAGAGCGCCAAGCCUUGCUUCACGAAGGAUCAGGCUCUGCCGUGAUGUCGGCCUAUGUUGAGAUCAUCUUCGACAACUCGGACGACCGAUUCCCCACGGGCAAGCCCGAACUUGUCCUCCGCCGUACCAUCGGUAUCAAAAAAGACGAAUACACUCUCGACCGCAAAAAUGCCACGAAGAACGAUGUGAUGAACCUCCUUGAGUCUGCUGGCUUCUCCCGAUCGAACCCUUACUACAUUGUCCCCCAGGGUCGAGUCACAGCGUUGACCAAUAUGAAAGAUUCUGAGCGUUUGACACUACUAAAAGAGGUCGCCGGUACACAAGUCUACGAAGCGCGCCGCGCGGAGUCCCUCAAGAUCAUGCAUGAGACCAACAGCAAGCGUGCGAAGAUUGAUGAACUAUUAGACUACAUCAAUGAGCGUUUGGCCGAGCUCGAGGAGGAAAAGGACGAGCUUCGGAACUAUCAGGACAAGGACAAGGAACGCCGGUGCCUCGAGUACACCAUUUAUUCUCGCGAACAGCAAGAGAUUUCCAACGUGCUCGAUAGCCUGGAGGAAGCGCGACAGAAUGGCGUCGAGGACGCAGACAACAACCGUGACCAGUUCAUCGAAGGCGAAAAAGCCAUGGCCCAGAUUGAUGCGCAAAUCGCGGAAUGCCAUCAACAGAUCGAUUUUCUCAAAGUUGACAAGUCUCAAAUAGAGGAUGAGCGCCGCGAAGCCUCCAAAUCUUUGGCUCAGAUCGAACUCCAGGUCAAAUCCCUCUCCGAUAACCAGGUUGCUGCUCAAGCGCUCAAGUCCCGCCACGAUAGUGAUCUUGACUCUGUGAAGCAAGCUAUUGAUGAGCGUGAAUCAGAACUUAGUGGCAUCUUGCCGACGUUCAAUCAAUACAAAGACGAAGAAGACGCUCUCAAAAGCAGCCUCACUGAGGCGGAGACAUCGCGUCAACGCUUGUAUGCUAAACAAGGCCGCAAUUCGCGAUUCAAGAAUAAGUCCGAGCGUGACAAGUGGCUGCAGAUGGAAAUCCGCGAAAGCAAUCGAUCCAUUGGUAAUGUCCAAAAUGUUGUUAAUCAGACACAGCAAGACAUCAAGGAUCUUGCAACCGAGAUAGGUCAGCUUGAGCCGGAGACUGUUCGGUUGCGCCAGCAGAUUGAAGGUCGCGGUGAUAAUAUGCAGGACAUGGACCAGCAGGUACAAAGCGCCAAGGAUGAGAGAGAUCGUUUGAUGGAUCAGAGAAAGGAACUCUGGAGAGAGGAGGCUAAGCUCGAUUCAGUGCUUAACAGUGCUUCCUCGGAGCUGGAACGUGCGGAACGCAGUCUCUCUCAUAUGAUGGACAACAACACCAGCCGCGGCAUCGCUGCCGUGCGAAGGAUCAAGCGUCAACACAACCUUGAGGGUGUGUACGGUACUUUGGCCGAGCUUUUUGAGGUAAAUGAAAGGUACCGGACCGCCGUGGAAGUCACCGCUGGACAAAGUCUGUUCCACUACGUUGUCGACACAGACGAAACUGCCACUACUGUCUUGGAGAUAUUGCAAAAAGAGAAGGCUGGCCGAGUUACUUUCAUGCCAUUGAAUCGUCUUCGAUCCAAGCCGUUCAACAUGCCCCGCGCUAGUGACACCAUCCCCAUGAUUGAGAAGCUGCAGUAUGACCCGGUCUACGAGAAGGCAUUCCAACACGUCUUCGGAAAGACCAUCAUUUGCCCCAACUUGCAGGUUGCCUCACAGUAUGCCCGCAGCCACGGCGUCAAUGCGAUCACCCCCGAAGGUGAUCGAUCCGACAAGCGCGGCGCCUUGACUGGUGGUUUCCACGACUCCCGUGCUUCGCGCCUCGAUGCCGUCAAGAAUGUUGCAAAGUGGAGAGACGAGUUUGAGACUAAGAAAAGCCGCGGCUCAGAGAUUCGUAAAGAGCUGGAGAAGCUUGAUCAGGUCAUCACGCGGGCUCUCGGUGAGUUGCAGAAGCUCGAACAACAACGGCAGCAGAUGCAGAACAGCAGCGGGCCUCUAAGGCAAGAAUUGAGAAGCAAGCGCGAUAUUUUGCAGAACAAAAAUGACACCUUGGAGGCCAAGCGACGGGCUCUCCGCAACGUCGAAUCUAACCUCGCCGCCCUGAAUGAUCAGGUCAAUGCCUUCCAGGCUGAGAUGUUGUCUCCAUUCCAGAAGGCUCUCACGAGCGAGGAGGAGGCCACGCUGGAAUCACUCAGCGGCACAGUUAGGGAAGUCCGUGGACAAUACCAGGAGGUCUCGACCAAGCGUAGCGAACUCGAGGCUCGCAAGUCGGUGCUUGAGGUCGAACUUCGCGAGAAUUUGAACCCUCGCCUCGAUCAGCUCAUGAACCGGGAUCUCGACAUGGCCGAAGAAGAGGUUCAGGGCAAUCUGAAGGAGACUCAGCGUGAGCAGAAGCGUCUCAGUAAGGUGCUUGAGAAGCUCAAUGGACGUCUCAGUGAGCUUGACGAAUCCAUCGAGAAAGCUAGCAUUCGGGUCAAUGACCUGCAACAGCGCAACGCGGAGACUCGCCGGGAGAUGGAGGACCUGGCUCGAUCUAUUGAGAAACACCAACGCCGUAUGGAGAAGAGCAUGCAGAAGAAGGCUGCACUAACCAAGCAGGCUGCCGAAUGUGCUUCUAACAUCCGCGACCUUGGUGUGCUUCCCGAUGAGGCAUUCACCAAGUACAAAAACACGGACUCCAACACAGUCGUGAAGAAGUUGCAUAAGACCAACGAGGCUCUGAAGAAGUACUCCCACGUCAACAAGAAGGCGUUUGAGCAGUACAACAGCUUCACCAAGCAGCGUGAGACCCUUACCACGCGUCGCGAGGAGCUCGACGCAUCUCAGAAAUCCAUUGACGAUCUGAUCUCUGUUCUGGAUCAGCGCAAGGACGAGGCGAUCGAGCGAACCUUCAAACAGGUCUCUCGCGAAUUCGCCAACGUUUUCGAGAAACUCGUACCGGCCGGUCGCGGUCGGCUGAUCAUUCAACGAAAGACCGACCGUACCGCACGGCCACAAGAUGACGUUGACUCGGACGAUGAGGAGGCUCGGCAGAGUGUGGAAAACUACGUCGGCGUCGGGAUCAGCGUCAGCUUCAACAGUAAGCACGACGAGCAGCAGCGCAUCCAGCAGCUGAGUGGUGGACAGAAGAGCCUUUGCGCUCUGGCCCUCGUCUUCGCCAUCCAAGCCUGUGAUCCGGCACCUUUUUACCUCUUCGACGAGAUCGACGCCAAUCUGGACGCCCAGUACCGUACCGCGGUGGCGCAGAUGCUGCAAUCCAUCUCGGACUCGACUAAUGGGCAGUUUAUUUGCACCACCUUCCGACCGGAGAUGUUGCACGUGGCGGAGAAGUGCUACGGUGUCAGUUUCCGGCAGAAGGCUAGUACGAUCGACGUAGUCUCACGCGAGGAGGCGCUGAAGUUUGUGGAGGAGCAGAAGACUUGA